UGCUUGCUGUAUAUAAUGUUGCUUUCAGCAUGAUCUAAGCUGGUUUAUGCCGCAAGCAACUAAGAACUCCAAACUAUAAUUUUGAAAAAUGGCGGGAUCACAUUCACGGCCACCGAUUGCGGCGGCAGAGCAGUCGGCGCUGCCUUCUUCAAUGUCAAUCGCCACUGUAACCAACCAUUGGGAAGUUCAGUACGCUCGGUUCAUACUCUGUCCAGCUUCUCCUUACUCCUUUCAUUCGUCUCUCAUCUCUCUUUCUUCCAUCGGCCGGAAGUACGGUAAAAGCGGCAGAUGGAUCUCCUCUGCCUCCCUCGUUUCUCUCAAACUCCGCACCAACAGCUUUGAUCCUAAUAGCGGUUUCAUCCUCGUCGUCUCUCUCCGUGACAGAAUCCUUGAAGAGCAUUACAUUUCACGGUUGAUGUUCUCAUGGCCUCAGGUAUCAUGUGUAUCAGGUUUUCCAGCAAGAGGAAGUAGAGCCGUCCUCGUGAGCUAUAGGGGUUCUGUUGGCCAGAUUCAGAAAUUCAUCCUGCGAUUUUUGACAAUCUACGAGAUAGAGAAUUUCAUGAAUAUUUUAAAGGGAAAGUUGGCCAAUGCAAAUCCUCAAGCUUUUCCAUGUGUUGAAUUUGAUUCAGCAAUAUCUUCUCAAUCUGAGUUUAUUCCUUUGGAUGGAGCUUUACACAGGGACAACAAAGGAUGGAUAUGUGAAGCUUCAGGUGUCUCUACUCCCCAUUACAUUCCACUGACCUUGGCACCUGAAUAUUCUCAAGAUUCACAUACAGAGGAAAUGAAAUUAAGUCGUGAAGCUGAGGAGAUUCUUUCAGCUUUUCCCCCCAGUUUCACGUCCUUCUUGACGAACUGCUGCCCUGAAAUUGAUCAAGUGGACGCAGUUGCUGCACAGUCAAGUAUAACGAAGGAGGUUGACCUCAUAGACCAAAUUGCGAAAUAUCUUGAAGAUUCUUCAUUCCAAGAUAUGCUGGUCAAAAUUGAGAAAGUCAUCCAUGAAUUGGGAGAUAAUACAGUACUGUAGCUGCACCAAGAGACUGACAUAUAUAAAUCAUUGCUUGGUUUCCUCUUAAUUCUUCAAACACGGGAGUUCCUUUCAAAAUUUUUUUUGCAAUUUACUCAUAAAGUACAUCAAGACAAGCAAACAGUUGUAACUUGUACUGGACAAUUUUUCCCGUGAAUUGCUGGUUUGAAGCAA